GCAAACAGUCCAAGGGAAAUGUACGUCUGUACCGUAUUGGGUGUUUCUUACUAAUAUCAAUCUGCCUGGUCCUGCUGUUGGUCGUCAUUAUCCUUGGUGUGAAACUCCAAACUGGAUCCACUGUGUGCGCAGAAACAGAGAGAGGGUGCAGCUAUGAGCAAUGCAAGGAUCGCUUCCCCAGCAUUCAACUCAGACCUGAGGAUCCCGGCCAUAAGCGGUGCUCAGAUGGUUGGCUGACUUUUGGCCAAUCAUGUUUUUACUUGUCCACCUACAGGCUGAACUGGGACAAGAGCCAGAGGAACUGCACAUCUAGAGGAGGAUCUUUGGCUGUCAUCACCAGCCAGGAAGUUCAGGAGUUUCUGACUAUAAAGGGGGAAGGGUUUCACUGGAUUGGGUUGAGAAAAAGAGAAAGCACAUGGGCCUGGGUCAAUGGCACUGUACUGCAAAAGAGUUACUGGAAAGAAGAUCCACCAUCACGAGACUGUGGGAUCCUGAGCGGUAAAGACCCACCUGAGAAGAACUGGAUCACAGCAUCCUGCCAAUCCACCACUUACUUCAUCUGUCAGGUUAAGUUCUGACAGUAUCUGUCUUCUCUAAAAGAUGAAUAAGCAAAACAAUUUUCUGUCAACAAUGAUCUACUCACAUUUCCCAUAAUCUCUCUUUCCACUUCACACCAAAAUCAAUAGCAUUCUGCAAGGAAAGACAAUGAAGCUACACAGAUAACAGAUGUUUUGUAUUUAGAGCUGUUUAGUCAGUUUAUAUUUCCCUGCAGCAUUCUGUAGCAUAUUUUGUAUUCUAAUAUCAUUGAUUAUGCUUGUAAGAACUUGUAAACAUUAGUCUAGUUAUACACUGUAUGAUUCCAUACACUUUUCACAUUUGGCCAGUGAGUUUGUUUCAACAAGGUUUUAUUCUCUUAUAAAAUGUUUGUGCAACCACAUAAUAAGUUGAAUGUGUGUAUUUGACUUUAUUUUGGCUUAUUAUUUUAUUGCUACAUUUAUUUUUAAAUGAAGUCGGGGUCCGUCUGCAGAGGAACCAACAAACAAGGAAAACACACAUCUCUUAUAGAUUUCAGAACUCUUAUUACAACCAGUCAUGUUUGACCAACACCUUUUGGGUAAUAGCCAAGGUCAAGGUUAUUUUUAUGGUCUUUAUGGAAGAAUUAAUAGUCACACCGUCGAUGCCAUAGCCAAACAGUUUUCUAAAAAGGCGCACGGUAAUGACUUUACACACUACUACAGUAGACAGGACAUAUCACCAUUAAAUAGUUCGUUCCUGUUAUUUCUAAAGUGUUCUGAUAUUACAAAGUCCAGUUUGCUCUGCAUCACUGAUGUGACCUUGGUUCCCAUCACCCUGUCACUGUGCCAAGAACACUGAUCAACCCAAAACAGGAAACACACUUUGUGCUUGUUGUAUAAAGAAAACAGAAACAAAAAUAUAAUAACAAAUACUUAAGAUUAUAAAACCGGGAAUUGUUAAUAAUAGCAAAAUCACAUGUCUUUUUCUCAUACUUUACCAAACUUGUAACAGUCUUUACUGGAAACAUCCUGCAGGCUGCUGUCUCAAAUGAAGACACAGAGAAUACAGACGGCUAAACAAUACAUAUGUGCGUCAUAUGAUAGGUAUAAAAUAAUUACUGGUUGUGUGAAUGAUUCAACCACUUUUGCCCAUGUGACAAUGGAUUUGUUUUUCUCAAGUUUAGACAGUGCUUGUUGUUGGCUCUGUCAAAUUAUACUUUUUGAACUGAUUUUCAGAUUCCAAUUCUACAGGUCUACAGUAUGUUUCUAUUGAAUGCUUUCUAUUGUUAGGUUGACAAAAAUUGCCUUAAUAUUUAAUGUGGUGUUUGAAUUUGAGCUGUAAAGAGUUUCAUUUUUCAUGAAACAUUCUUUGUGUCUUACUAUAUAUCUCUAAGAAAUUUGUGUAAAUCUAAAAAAAGUUCAAAGUGACUUACAGAUGGAGUUGGGACAAAAUAAAUGCCGAAUUCUAAAACAGAAAGCUUCCUUUCGUUUACCUGGGAUCUGGUCAUUGAACGACUAAGCUGAUCUUUUCCUUUUGCCCCGCCAUGUGUGCCAAAAUGCAUUGGUCCUUUGUGUUUGCAUUAAAAUUGCCCGGAACACUGCAAGUGUUGCCAGACUUUUUGCUUUCAGUUAGAUUUCCUGCGUUUAUACAUCUUGACAGUAGGUGAAGUUGUAUCAAUAACGUCUGCUGUGUACAAAUUAU